AGAUGCUGAUUUGGUAUCACUCUCUUUGGAUUCAUCGACUCUGAAGUCUGAAAUGCGAGAGUCAGACCCUUAAGUCUUGUCCCAUCUGCCUUGUUCCUUAACAGUUAACAGCUCAGAUUAAACCAAUCACUCGCUCUCUCUCUCAACUCUGUUUCUUUUAUUUUUUCAAAGUGAAUCACUGACUCUCUUUCUCUGAGCAAUGGCUUCGUCUCUGACUACGGCUUCAGCCUCAGCUGUGGGCAAAGCCUCAGCCACUUUGCGUCCUCUCAGCAAUAGAUAUCACUCUCUCUCUCAUUUUUCAUUUCGUGUUUCUCCAAAACCCAAGCUCAGAAUUUUCACCAAGGGUUUACAACCUAGUCGGAAUUGUUCCACUGUGGUAAAGGCCCAAUUGAAUGAGGUAAGGUUCUUUCAAUGGUUUCCAUUAGAGGAUCUGUUUUCAAAUAUUCAUUCCUUCCUGGAUAUGCUUUUGGAAUCACCUUUUGCCUUCAAGGUUGGCGUUGGUGGAUCCUCCAAUGCUUCCUCUACUCCCCCAGCCAAGUUGGAGGCAGUGACAUCAGAAGCAAAGGAUGCUAAGCCAUCAAAUGACCAUUCUUUUGGAGCUUUGGCUAGAGAGGAAUCAAUCUCUGAGUUCAUUGCUCAAGUUUCAAGUCUUGUUAAGCUUGUUGAUUCAAGAGAUAUAGUGGAGUUGCAGUUGAAACAGCUUGACUGUGAAGUUAUAAUCCGUAAAAAGGAGGCCUUACCUCAACCACCACCUCCUGCGCCAGUUAGCAUGAUGUAUUCACAAACACCACUAACCCAAACAGUCCAUCCUGCACCUGCACCUGCCCCAGCUCCUAGAGCCCCUACUCCAUCUACUUCUCCUGCUGUCAAGUCAGCCAAGUCGUCAUUUCCACCUCUUAAAUGCCCCAUGGCAGGGACAUUCUACCGAUGUCCAGCCCCUGGUGAACCGCCAUUUGUGAAGGUUGGAGACAAGGUACAGAAGGGACAGGUAGUAGGCAUCAUUGAGGCCAUGAAAUUGAUGAAUGAGAUAGAAGCUGAUCAAUCAGGAACCAUAGUUGAGGUCCUUGUAGAAGAUGGCAAGCCUGUUAGCAUUGACAUGCCUCUUUUUGUAAUUGAACCUUAGAGCUUGGCCAUCAAGUAUGCUAAUCGAUGGACCAAACGGCAAUUAGAAAGUGGGUGCAGUUGGUAAGAUUAUGAGAUGCGGCAUUGUUUCAUUUUGGUAGAAUUUUUUGUGUGAAAUGAGAUUUGGCUAGAGUUGAGAGUGAAUUAUUGUUGAAUGAAUUAUUUAAUUUAUUUUAAAAUUUUUUACUAGAACAGAUAUUUCUCGCACCUCCAUGUUUGGAAUUAGUUGUUUGUGCAUUAUUCAAGAAGCUCUGGAUAUGACAUCUGUGAUAGGUGCUUUAACCAGUACCAGAAAUGUUUUGGAUUCAAUUAACCCCCAUCCCCCAUUUUACUUUUUACAUGUUUAAAGGGGACUUGUUCA